GAGGCACAUGAAUUUCAACAUUAAUCAUGGCCUUCAUAUUUCAUUUUCACUUGGUGUUGUUUUGCAGUUUGAUCUUGGGUUCACUUGCUUCAGAUGCAAAUGAGGAGGAGGAAAAGAUGUACGUUGUUUAUAUGGGUAGCUCCCGGGACGAAGAGCCUGAUUUGCUUAUGAGAAGUCAUGUACAGUUGCUUUCAUCUGUCUGGGGAAGCCGCAACCAAGCAGAAGAGUCGCUUGUGAAUAGCUACAAAUAUGCUUUUACUGGAUUCUCAGCAAAGUUAUCCUCUCAACAAGCUAAUGCACUGGCUGAGAAACCAGAAGUUGUAUCAGUGUUCCCUGAUCCAAUUCUGGAGCUUCAUACAACACAGUCAUGGGAUUUCCUGCAAACGCAAUCGGGCACGUCCUUUGACUAUCCCAACGUGUCUUCUUCCGACCAAGAUGCCAUUAUAGGACUUCUAGAUACAGGCAUAUGGCCAGAAGCAGCGAGCUUCAGUGAUGUGGGCAUCAGUGCUAUUCCUCGUCGGUGGAAAGGCUCAUGCAUGCAGGGCAAAGAUUUAAAUAUUUCCAAUUGCAACAGGAAAUUGAUUGGCGCAUGGUAUUACCAGAAAUCAUCUGAAUCAAUAUCUACAGCAAGAGAUUGGAAAGGCCAUGGUACCCACACUGCCUCUACUGCAGGUGGAAAUGCAGUUGCAAAUGCAAACUACUAUGGGCUUGCCAAGGGAACUGCCAGAGGUGGAUCAACCUCCUCAAGAAUAGCAAUGUACAGAGUGUGUGAAAAAUAUGGUUGUCGAGGUUCGCACAUUUUGGCUGCGUUUGAUAAUGCAGUUAACGAUGGAGUGGAUAUUUUGUCUGUCUCACUUGGAUUCCCUAUAGCUUUGCUUAAUUAUACAUCAGAUCCAGUGGCCAUUGGAGCUUUUCAUGCUGCACAGAAAGGAAUUCUGGUUGUCUGUUCUGCUGGAAACAAUGGGCCUGAUCCUCAAACACUUAUGAACACAGCUCCUUGGAUUUUUACAGUUGCAGCAACCACUAUUAACAGACAAUUCGGAUCAAAUGUUAUUCUGGGCAAUGGCAAGACAAUCCAGGGUAUGGCUAUAAACUUUUCAAAUCUUAGUCGAUCAAACAUGUACCCUCUUGUGUAUGGGGGCAGUGUUGGUAAAAAUACUAGUUCUAUAAAUGAUGCUAGCAAUUGCAAUCUAGUCUCUUUGGACGCUUCCAAAGUGAAAGGAAAAGUGGUAUUAUGUCUCAACACUGAUACAAGUGACCCCAGGGAAAAUAAGAAAAGUGAGGUGAAAACUAAUGGAGGUAUAGGCAUGAUCUUAGCUGAUGAUUCCCAAAAAUCAACUGCAACAAAUUAUGGCACUUUUCCUUCCACCACAGUCAGUAACACGCUUGCAAAAGAGAUUUUAUCAUACAUCAAAUCAACCAACAAGCCGGUUGCAACUAUUACUCCAGCAGAGGAUAUUCAAAAUUAUAAACCCGCACCUAUUGUUCCAUAUUUCUCAUCAAGAGGGCCUGGUGGACUCACUGCAAAUAUUCUCAAGCCGGACAUAAGUGCACCAGGUGUGAACAUACUUGCUGCUUGGAUUCCUACAAGUUCUUCAUCAGAUGAUGUUCCCAUGGGAAUGAAACCAUCUUCUUUUAAUUUAAUGUCUGGGACAUCCAUGGCAUGCACUCAUGUUAGUGGAGCUGCUGCACUUCUAAAAACAGUUCAUCCCACUUGGAGCUCAUCUGCUAUUAGAUCAGCACUCAUUACAACAGCUACUUCAAUGAACAAUAUGGGCAAUACAAUGACAAAAGACACAGAUGCAGUGGGCACUCCAUUUGACUUCGGUGGUGGAGAAAUAAAUCCAAGGGCAGCUCUUGAACCAGGUCUUGUGUAUGAAACAUCCAAUCAAGAUUACUUCGACUUCUUGUGCAACUAUGGAUUGAAUUCCAAAGAGAUAAAAUCAAUCUCAGGCAAUGCCAACUACAAAUGCCCAUCAAAUGUGUCAAAGGACUCCAUCAGUCUGAUGAACUACCCGACCAUUUCUCUAUCCAUGCUGAAAGUGGGAAGCACAAGAACUGUGAGCAGAACAGUGACAAAUGUGAGUCCCAAUGGGGAAUCCACAUACAAGGUUAGUGUUGAUUCUCCUGCAGGAUUGAGCGUCACAGUUUCUCCAGAUACUCUUCAUUUCUCUACCACUUCCAGCAAACUCUCUUUCAACGUCAUGUUUAAGGCAACAAGUGGAACCACAAAGGGGUAUGUAUUCGGUUCACUCACUUGGCUCGAUGGGAAACACACUGUUCGCACUCCUUUUGCCGUAAAUGUCGCUUAGUUGAAGUGAACGUAA